AAAGAAAACUCAAGAUGUCAAAAAUUGCCACUAUUAUUGUCUUGGCUCUUCUAUUGAGCUUUGGUUUAAUCUAUGCCUCUCGUCCUAAUAUUGGACUUAACAGUGUUUCUUCCAUAGACAAGGAUGUUUCUUCUAGCAAUGCAUUUAGUGAAGAUGAGAGUUGUGAAGGUGUGGGAGGAGAACAAGAAUGUUUAUCAAGAAGGACUCUAGAGGCACAUCUAGACUAUAUCUACACUAACUCAACCCAAACCUGACCUAAGAAAUUAAUAAUGGCACUACAUAUGUGUUUUGAAACCAAAUAAUUGUGGUAUAAAGAAAAGUAUCA